CCUCAGUGUAUACAAUAGCAAACUAAGGUUUAGGGUUUUUUGUUUCUACCCUUUUUCGAGCAAACCUAAGAUCUGAAUAGAAGAGGUUAAAGUGACGGCUCCUUUGCUGUCCGCCUUGGCUGAAGUUGAAAAGCAGUCCUGGCCCUCAUUUUGUAACUCUUCCUUUCACUUUUAGGGUUUUGUAAAUUGGAAAUAGUUAGUUGUUAGAUCGCAUCAAUGGCACCAAAAGCAACAAAGGCAGAGAAGAAGAUAGCUUAUGACCAGAAGUUGUGCCAACUUCUGGAUGAGUACACACAGGUGUUGGUGGCUGCUGCUGAUAACGUUGGAUCCAAUCAGCUUCAGAACAUUAGGAAAGGUUUGAGAGGUGACUCUGUUGUGCUUAUGGGUAAGAACACUAUGAUGAAGAGGACCAUUAGAGUCCAUGCUGAGAAUUCUGGCAAUGACACCAUCCUUAAUCUCAUCCCUCUCCUUGUUGGUAAUGUUGGACUGAUCUUCACCAAGGGUGAUUUGAAGGAAGUGAGUGAGGAAGUCGCUAAGUACAAGGUAGGAGCACCUGCUCGUGUUGGUUUGGUGGCUCCAGUUGAUGUUGUUGUCCCUCCUGGCAACACUGGUCUGGAUCCCUCUCAGACCUCUUUCUUCCAGGUGCUCAACAUUCCUACCAAGAUUAACAAGGGUACUGUUGAGAUUAUCACUCCUGUGGAGCUCAUCAAGAAGGGUGAGAAAGUGGGUUCCUCUGAAGCUGCUCUGCUUGCCAAACUUGGAAUUAGGCCAUUCUCAUAUGGUCUUGUUGUUGUCUCUGCUUAUGAUAAUGGAUCCGUCUUCAGCCCUGAGGUUCUCGACCUGACUGAGGAUGAUCUCAUUGAGAAGUUUGCCAUGGGAGUUUCUAUGGUUACCUCCUUGUCAUUGGCCAUCUCUUACCCAACUUUGGCUGCUGCACCACACAUGUUCACCAAUGCCUACAAGAAUGUGUUGGCCAUUGCUGUUGAGACUGAGUAUUCUUUCCCUCUGGCCGACAAAGUGAAGGAGUACCUGGAGGAUCCUAGCAAGUUUGCCAUGGCUGCUGCCCCUGCUGCUGCUUCUGGUGCUGCUCCUGCUGCUGCAAAGGAGGAGGAGCAGAAGAAGGAGGAGCCUGCUGAGGAGUCGGAUGAAGACUUGGGUUUCAGCUUGUUUGACUAAGUCUGUUGUUUGUGAUGUUCUUUUGUUUGCUUUCAAAAGAUAUUUAUCUCCUUUAUGUUUUCAAGUAUCUGAACAAUAUUUAAAUUCAGUUAAGACGUAUUAGUUGGUGGAUU